CAUUGAAACCAAUUGUCAGAUAAGAAGUAUGUCUUCGGGAGUGGCCGCCGAUCGCAUCAAAGACACCGAACCCAGCGUUUGGGUUGAAUUCAUUCAAUUGGCUCAGGACUAUAAACCGCUGAAUUUAGGACAAGGCUUUCCAGACUUCGCUGCCCCUCAGCACGUGUGCAAAGCCCUGGCCGACGCCACACUCAGCCAAGAUGUCCUCCUCAACCAAUACACCCGCGGAUUCGGACACCUGAGACUCGUGAACGCCUUAAGCAAACUGUACUCAAAGCUGAUCGGCCGUGAGAUUAAUGCCCAGAAGGAGGUGUUGGUGACUGUCGGCGCCUAUGAGGCCCUGUUCUGUGCCUUCAUGGGUCUCGUGAACCCGGGCGACGAAGUCAUUAUCAUUGAGCCCUUCUAUGACUGUUACGAACCCAUGACUGUUAUGGCCGGC